AUGAGCAGACAUUCGAAGAAGCCGACUGUAGAGGCAUAUGAGGGAGCUGAAAAAGAGACGGAGAGGGAGCCUCAAAAGGAGCCGGUUGGAAUGGAUAAAGACCUCAUCAAGCAAUGGGUGGAGGAAGGCGUUUCAAAUUGCCUGAAAGAGUUGAUGCCUGCGAUAGUGGAACAAACUUUAAGUCAGGUCGUCCCCAUUGCCAUUAAUCGGGCAUUUGAUGAAAAUUUUAAACGAUUGGAUGAUUAUGUUAUUUCGAGAGUUGGGGAUAAAACUCGAGGUGUUGAGAGUCAAUCCACUCCAAAUUUUGGUCAUGGGGUAACUUUUUAA